AAGAUUUGCUAGGUGCAAUUCCUCUUGCUUGGUGGAUAUAUUCGCUCUAGGCUGUCCCUCAUCUUCAGUUGCUUUCAGCCCACGCCUUUCUAAAGUAACUUCACGGUUUAGCUAAGAACCAAGCAACAUGCAGGGGGCCGGGCCGCCUGGCGGCCAGAACCCGUUUGCUGCCGCUGGUCAGAAUCCCUUCAGCGCCUACAACGUCAACACCACCGCACAAUAUGCCGAUGAGGUUGUGCCCGCAGUUCCGCAGCAGCCCCCAGCCCACGCGGGCUUCGCACCAGCCUAUCAGGGCGCCUGGGGCGCACCUGCGGCUCCUGGCGGAGGCUAUGCGCCUCAACAGGUGCCCCUGCAGUUCACAGACACCACCGCGCCCCAGUUCGUGAGUGGCACCAUGCAGCGCGGCCCCGAGGAGCGGCAGAACCUGGUGUACGGCACCGGCCGCUCCGACGACCCAGCUGCCGCCGGCUUGGGUCCCGGCGGGCCCUUCUCGCAGCCCUUCAACCCGCAGGACCCCUCCUUCGCCGCUGCUGGUGCUGGUGGUGCUGGUGCUCCCGGAGUGGCUCCUGCGGGGGGUGCGGGCGGGGGGCCGCGCGAGGACUACUCCAAGUACCCCUUCUACAACGUGCGGCGCUACCGGGAGUACUUUGAUGUGGACACCAAUGACGUGUUGUGGCGUGUGGGCAACUCGCUGAUCGGCGUGUUCCGCCCCAACUUCAUGGAGGUCACCAUGAAGAACCCAGACCUCUACGGUCCCUUCUGGGCCGCCACCACCCUCAUUUUCAUCACCGCAGUGGCGGGCAACUUCGCCUCCUACAUCGAGUGGCGCAAGAGCGGCAGCAGCAGCACCCCCUCCCCUUCCCCUUCACCCUCGCCCUCCCCGCCCCUCGCCUCCGCGGGCCGGCUGCUGCUGGCGGCUGCUUCCUCCAGCAUCACUGACAACCAGUGGUUCACGGACUACACAAAGCUGGGCACCUCCGCCGCCAUCUUCUACGGCUACGUCUUCAUUGUGGGGCUGCUGCUGUUCUUCGCGGUCAAGUGGUUCCGAGGGGAGCUGCGGCUGGCUAACGUGUUCUGCAUCUACGGCUACUGCCUGACCAUCUACGUGCCCGUCUCCGUGGCCUGCAUCGUGCCCAUCGACUGGCUGCGCUGGCUGCUGGUGAUGGGCGCCACCGCGCUGUCAGCGGGCUUCCUGUUCAUGAACUUCAGGGCCACCAUAUACAGCGCGGCACCCGCUAGAGCCACGCUGGUGCUGCUGCUGAUUGUGUUGGCGCACAUCGGGCUGGGGCUGGGGCUCAAGCUCUACUUCUUCUCAUACUAGGCACAGGCGUUAACAUAGGCGGGGCCUGCGGCUGCGGCUGCUCCUGCUGCUGCUUUCGCGCAUGCUAGCAUAGCCUAUUAGAGUCUAUAAGGGUGGUUGGGGGUGCUGCUACUGUUAAUGGUGGC